CCAGCUAGCGUGUUGCAACACGCUUUUGACUGUUGUUAUGCUAAGGUCAGAAAGGACUUAGUGCACUCGCUGGUUUAUAUCAUCAGUUGAAGAAUAUUCCUUAUCCUGGCGUCGAUCGCAAAGAAGGUGCACUAUUGGCUACUGACGUGGAUAAUAGUUUGUUACAUUCACAACAGUGUUGCUGUGGUAAUCCGCGCAGUGCUGAACCUCUCUAGUAACUGUGCAACUGUAUCAUACGGCUAUCAAAACUUACUGGGUACUUAUCUUCUGACAUAUUCUCAGGAAUCCACACCACACACUGUACGCUAUACACCCGUGUACUACUGAAUAUACAACAUCACCAGGAGAACAUGUUUGCUUCAAAGUUACAUGGCAAUCUCAAGACUGUCAGUAAGUUUGUUCAGCGUGGUUAUGCUGUGAGUGUACAGAGCCGGUUAGUCCAGUCAACCAGCAGAUCAAGGUUAUGUGUUACUAGUAAGGUGACUCAGACAUCAGCACAGUCCAGGCAGUCAGUUAGGUGGAGAUCAGAUCAGUCUGGUCGUCAAGUCACUACGGUACAUGAUGCUGUUGAUGCCAUUAGAUCAAUCUUUGAUAGCAUUGUGAAGUCACGCACUUUUCAACCAAGCUAUCUACUAUCACAAUGUUCUCUCAUUCAACGACAUGUUACUGAACUACGCUAUCCAAGCAGGAUUAAGGAUAUCCUGCAGGCAUGUGCUCUUGUCAAUGAGGAGAACACUGACGUGACCACACUGGCAGUAUCUGCACUGAACCAACUAGCCAGUCUACCUACUGAAAUCUGGCAAGAAAGCAAGAACCAACACAACCUGAUAUGGGCAGUGUACUGGGCUGCAAAGUGCCGAUGUUCAACUCCAGGAUUCACAAAGUUACUACAACAGCAGCUUGAUGUCAUGUGCAUUGAGGAAUGUAGAGCUGUUGAUCAGUGUGCACAUGCAUUGUUUAUGUUAAAUAUGCCUGAUCGUCACCUGGCCCAACACUUGAUGAAUCGCUACCUUACCAUCCAGAGUACAGGUGAUCCCAAGCAUCGUCAUACUGAAGUACUGAGACUACUUCUCUACUGUACACUGUGUGGUUUAGAGUGCAGUGCCUUGCUGGAGCUGAUCAGUGUUGAUCAACUGAUACAGAGUACCGGAUGCGGUCCUCGCCAUGUCCAACUGCUAUUAUUGCACAACACCCUCCCUGGUACUAACGACCUGCGGCUACAGAUAUUGGAAACAUGUUUGGUGCGGUUCCGAAAGGCUGUGGCAAGUCGGUAUUCAGGUCGAAUGCAUGAUAUGCUGUCAUACUUCAUUGGCUCAAAGUACACCACUGGCAUUUCUCUGGUUGAUGGUCUGAGAGUUCAAGCAUUCUGCAUAUUCGACCGAGACUAUGAACCAGUGGAGACUGACGCGUAUCCAGCUGAUGUAUACAACGGUGUUUCAGUAGAUAUGACAGCAGCUAGACGUCAUGGUUUCAGUGUUGUGGCAUGUAAGGGUGUGAGUGAUAUACAGUUACUACGUCAUCCUGUUCGUGCACCUGACGGGUAUGAUACUCUUGAGGCAUUGGCACUCAAAUCUCAAGGAUGUUAUUCCGAUGGUACUCAAACAUGGCGCUCGGUACUCGCAGAGAAGCAGACACUUUAUUCCGGAUUUGCUGAUCAAUUAUCCGCAUCACAUUGGCGUGUUCAAAGACCUGUUGCCGGCCAAGCAGUGAUGAAUAUACACACUGAUGUCAUACUUAACACUAUGGUAUCUCUGAACAGCAGAACACUAUGCCUAAUUGUGCAGGAAGUGUGUGAUAAUAAUAUCAUGGGAGACUGGAAUAUGGUGUCCAUCUUGUGAUUUUUGAAAGUUAUUAUUUCUCCGAUUCCUUCCUUUUUCUGCUGAGCUGAGUAACUGAGUACAUCGGAUGUGAGAGAGUAGUGUUGCUAGUGCUAGUGUAGUAUGCAUAUUGAUAGUGUUUUUGAAAUCAAGGUGUUGUUGAGUGUGUGCGUGUGCGUGUGUGUGUAUGUGUAUGUGUGUAUGUGUGUAUGUGUGUAUGUAUGUAUGUGUGUGUAUGUGUAUGUGUGUAUGUGUGUGUGUAUGUAUGUGUGUAUGUGUGUAUGUGUGUAUGUGUGUAUGUAUGUGUGUGUAUGUGUAUGUGUGUGUGUGUGUUUGUGUGAUUACUUUACUUCCAAUUUUCUUUUUUUCUGUUCUGAGUGCGUAUACAAUGUACAUGUACCGUUGAUAUUGUGAAUCCUGCACAUGUGUAUUUAGCUUCCAUUGUGCGUGAGUGUGUGUGCUUGUACAUUUAA